UGCAGGCGGCGGGGCUGCGGCAGCCGAAGGGCUCUCUCGAGCAGUAGCAGCAGCAGCAGCGCCCCCAGUCCCCCAACCCGGCAAGCCUGGAUCCCGGCCCGCCGACGCGUGGUCUCAGUCCAAGCCUGCCUGCAAGCUGCCCCGCGGGCCGCCAGCCCCCAAGUCAGCCCCAGCCCCAGCCCCAGCCCCGGCCCCGGCCGUCUGUCCAGGAGGCAGCAGAGCCCCAGCUCCGGCAGCAUGUCCACUACAGAGAGCUCCAGCCGGUCUGCGGACAAGGACCCCCGGCAGCAGGUGGAUCGUCUCCUCUCAGGGCUGCGAUGGAGGCGGCUGGAGGAGCCACUGGGCUUCAUCAAAGUUCUCCAGUGGCUCUUUGCUAUUUUCGCCUUCGGGUGCUGCGGCUCCUACAGCGGGGAGACGGGGGCAACGGUUCGAUGCAACAACGAAGGCAAGGAUGUGAGCUCCAUUCUUGCUUUAUUCGGCUAUCCCUUCAGGUUGAACCGGGUCCAGUAUGAGAUGCCUCUCUGUGAAGACGAACCUACCUCCAAGACCCUGAACCUCAUGGGCGACUUUUCGGCACCCGCCGAGUUCUUUGUAACUCUAGGGAUCUUCUCCUUCUUUUAUACCAUGGCUGCUCUGAUCUUUUACCUUCGUUUCCACAACCUGUAUACGAAGAACAAACGCUUUCCUCUGGUGGACUUCUGUGUGACUGUCUCCUUCACCUUCUUCUGGCUGGUGGCAGCAGCAGCAUGGGGCAAGGGUCUGACCGAUGUGAAGGGGGCCACUCGGCCUUCUAGUCUGAUUGCCGCCAUGUCAGUGUGCCAUGGGGACGAGGCUGUCUGCAGUGCUGGGGCCACCCCCUCCAUGGGGCUCGCCAACCUCUCUGUGCUCUUUGGCUUCAUCAAUUUCUUCCUGUGGGCCGGGAACUGCUGGUUUGUGUUCAAGGAGACCCCGUGGCACGGGCACGGGCAGGGCCAGGGCCAGGGCCAGGACCAGGACCAAGGUGCCAGCCCGGAGAGUGCAGCCGAACAGGGCGCUGUGGAGAAGCAGUAGUCACUGGUCCUUCUGCCCCUCUCCUGGCCGAGUCCCGAUGGACAGCACCUCCUCCCUCUUCCGCUUCCUUCCAGGACUUCCCUCCUCUUGUACCUCUCCCCUCCUCGCUGAUUCUUCUGGGCUAGGUGCUUGGGGACAAAGGAUGGGCCGGUGCCCCACCUCCCUCCCGGGGUGGGGGGGGGGGGCAAUCGUCCCUCUGAUUUCCCCAUCCUUCCCGCUCUGUUCACAGGCCCUGUGUGUUUCCUGCCUGGCCCAGGUGGCCUUACUCAUCUCCUAGCGGUGUCCUGCUGAACAGGGGCAGGUGGGAGGACGGGGGAGGGGCACACAGCAGCACUGAGGUCUCUCCCCUUUAGUAUGCUCCAGGGAUGGCCCAGCCCAGUUCCAAUAAUAAAGGACUCUGGGUGGUGGGCUCUCUCUCAGAGGGAAGGGCCCAGCAGCGAUUUGUCUGUCUUUUCUCAGCUGCAGUGGGUCAGAUUCUUUCUGUCCCCUGUUAUCUUCAUUCAAACAAGGCUCCCCUGUUACUUCCAUUCACCUCUCAGGUCUCUGUUUCCCAGGGGCCAAUCAGUCUGUGCUGUCACCCAGGCAGGUCCCUGGGGCCUCUUCCUCUUCCCUUCCCUCGGGGCCCACCUAUUUGUGCAGAUCAAGAGAGGCAAAAGCUGGGGAAGGAGAGCUGGAUAUUUCCUCCCUGCCUAGACAGAUAGGAACACAGGGUCCUGGAUACACCGAGUUCUGGCAGGGUUGUCCCUUUGUAUC